UUUAGUCAAGAUGAGAAAGAGAACAGGCAAAGUCUUUUUCUCAGUCUCUUCUUCUACUUCCUCUUUCUCUUUCUUCUUCCUAUGUUUAGGUAUAUUUUUUUGCAUGGAAAUGGCCAGGGCACAGAACAGAAAAACAGUUCCCAUAAAUGUUGGAGUUGUGAUGGACAUGGAUGAAUGGGUUGGGAAAAUGGGUUUAAGCUGUAUUUCUAUGGCUUUAUCUGACUUUUAUAGUUCUGAUCAUGGAUCUGAUUAUAAGACCAGACUGGUUCUUCAUACUCGGGACUCGAAGAGAGACGUUGUUGCCGCUGCUGCAGCAGCGCUUGACCUAUUGAAAAGUGUAGAAGUUGAAACCAUAAUAGGGCCAUUAUCAUCAAUGCAAGCUGAUUUCAUAAUUGGUUUAGGAGAGAAAUCUCAAGUACCAAUCAUCUCAUUUUCAGCUACAAGUCCUUCUCUCUCAUCAUUUCGUAGUCCAUAUUUCAUUCGUGCCACUCAAAACGAUUCCUCUCAAGUAAAAACCAUUAGUUCCAUUAUUCAAUCUUUUGGAUGGAGAGAAGUCGUCCCUAUAUACGUCGAUAAUCAAUUUGGAGAAGGAAUUAUACCAUUCUUGGCAGAUGCAUUAGAAAAAAUUAAUGCACGUAUCCCUUAUCGAAGUGUUAUUCCUGAAUUCGCUACGGAUGAUCAUAUAAAAUAUGAACUUUCCAAGUUAAUGAGUAUGCAAACACGGGUUUUUGUUGUGCAUAUGACAACUUCACUUGGUACCAAACUUUUUACCAUGGCCAAAGAACUUGGAAUGAUGGGUGAAGGGUAUGUUUGGAUUAUUACAGAUGCUAUGGCAAAUGGACUCACUUCUGUGGAUUCUUCGGCCAUUGAAGCCAUGCAAGGAGUUAUUGGAGUAAAACCUUAUGUUCCAAGAACUAAACAGCUUGAGAAUUUCACUACUAGAUGGAAACUGAAGUUUCAACAAGAAAAUCCAACAAUUCUUAAUGCAGAACUGAACGUGUUUGGACUAUGGGCUUAUGAUUCAGCAACUGCACUAGCAAUGGCAGUGGAGAGAUCAAGAAUCACUGGAGCACCUUUUCGGAAACCAAAUGUUUCAGGAAAUGCAACAGAUCUUGAAGCUUUUGGAGUUUCUAAGGAUGGUCCAAAGCUUCUUCAGGCUAUACUAAACAUUACAUUCAAAGGCCUUAGUGGAGACUUUCAAAUUGUUGAAGGGCAAUUGCAAUCACCAGCUUAUCAGAUAAUUAAUGUGUUUGGCAAUGGUGCAAAAGGAAUUGGUUUUUGGACAAGAGAAAAUGGGAUUGUUAAAGAAUUGAAUUUGAGAAAUACAAACAAUGUAUAUUCAAUUUCUAAGGCUAAUUUUGGCUCUAUUAUAUGGCCUGGUGACACUACUUUUGUUCCUAAAGGUUGGGUGAUUCCAACAAAUGGGAAGAAAUUGAGGAUUGGAGUUCCGGUGAAAGAUGGUUUCAGUGAAUUUGUGAAAGUUACAACAGAUUUUACUACUAACACAACAACAGUAACCGGUUACUGCAUUGAUGUUUUUGAUGCAGUAAUGGCAGCAUUACCAUAUUAUGUUCCUUAUGAAUACGUUCCAUUUGCAGCUCCGGGAAAGUUUACUGAAAGUUAUGAUGAUCUUAUUUAUCAAGUAUUUCUUGGGAACUUUGAUGCUGUUGCAGGGGACACUACCAUUGUCUCGAAUAGAUCGCAAUAUGUUGAUUUCACAUUACCAUACACAGAAUCUGGAGUUACGAUGAUGGUGCCAAUCAAAGACGAUAAUAGUGAUAGUGCAUGGGUAUUCUUGAAGCCAUUGACUUGGGAGCUAUGGUUAACAAGCUUCUGUUCUUUUGUUUUCAUUGGUUUUGUCAUUUGGCUACUUGAACAUAGAGUUAAUGAAGACUUCAGAGGACCUCCUUCUCACCAAGUUGGCAUGAUCUUUUGGUUUGCCUUCUCAACUAUGGUCUUUGCACAAAAGGAGAAGAUAGUAAGCAACUUGGCUAGGUUUGUGUUAGUUAUCUGGUUCUUAGUAGUACUAAUAUUGACGUCAAGCUACACAGCAAGUCUUACAUCAAUGUUAACAGUUGAAAAACUCCAGCCAACUGUUAGAGAUAUCAAAGAACUUCAGAAGAAUGAGUAUGUGGGCUACCUACAGGGUUCUUUUGUACCGGGACUUCUAAGGAAAAUGAACUUUGACGAAGACAGGCUUAGAGAAUACAGCAAUCCAGAGGAAUGUGUUGAUUUACUCUCUAAAGGUAGUGCGAAUGGUGGUGUUGCUGCUGUUUUUGAUGAGAUUCCUUAUGUGAAGCUUGUCCUUGCAAAUUAUUGCUCGAAAUUUACCACCGUUGGACCUACAUAUAAGGCUGAUGGAUUUGGCUUUGUCUUCCCAAUGGGAUCUCCGCUAGUACCUGAUGUUUCAAGAGCAGUUUUAAGUGUGACAGAAAGUGAAAAGAUGGUACAAAUAGAGAAAGCGUGGUUUGGGGAAUCUACUUGUUCAGAUUCUAGCACUUCACUUUCCUCCAAUAGUCUUGGCCUAGCUAGCUUCUGGGGACUCUUUGUCAUAGCUGUGGUUGCUGCAAUUUUGGCUCUCCUCAUCUUUCUGACAAAAUUCAUGCAUGAGUAUUGGCACAUCAUAAAACGAACUAAUCUUUCGCUCCGUGAAAGAGUCAGAAUCUUGGCUAGAAAGUUCGACAGAAAAGACUAUAGCUGUCAUACUUUCAAGAAGAGUGAACUAAGAGAGGCAAUGAGAGAUUCAGCAUGUAUGGAUUGUUCACAAAGUCCACAUGAUAACUUGUCAAUGCUAUCUUCCCCACGAACGAAUGGACCACCAAGUCCAAGCAUUUCUAGUUAUACAGAGCAGAGUUUUCAUUUUCCAGGAGAGGUAGGAACUCCUCCUUUACAUGAAGAGAAUGUAGCAGUUAGUACUCAGGAGAGCGUCAUUGAGUUGGCUGUUGAUCUAAGUGCAGGACAUUGAUGUUUUCUCUUUUCUAGCUUUUGAUUUGUAUAUUGGUGUAGAAAGGGAUUAUGAUGGUUUUAAUA